UGCGGAAAAGAGGAUGGAAAAUUUUUCUGUUCCGAUGAUCUACUAGUCUACCGGAGAUAUACAGGAUUGAUUUUCGAUUUAUAAAAUUGACAUAUUGUGUUCGCGUAUAGAAUUUUAAAUAGAAAUAGUAAAGAUGAAUCGGGUUGAAUUUAUCACACCGUGGGUUCAAAUGAGAGCUCAGGUGGAACAUAUUCAUAAAUGGAAACAUAUCGCUGUAACUCCCAAACCAUUUGCACCACGCCACUCGAUUACGUUUUUUAAUAAUAAAAAGCAAGAGAAGAAAGUAACCGAGACAGUUUCGGCAUACGAUCGAUUGCACAAAUACGAAGAUUUCGAUCCUCGAAAGCCACGAGCCGAAUGUAUAAGUCCUUCUUUGAUUUGGUCCGAGAUUUACGAAGAGAACAAACAUCAUAUCGUCCCGAUGAUCACUAGUCAUUGGUACGGUCGUCCAAAUCGUGAACAGAUCGAUUAUCCCGAUAAGUCUUUGUGUCAUGCCUCGCAAAUACGUGAAUUCUAUCGGCGUAAUGAUCUCAACUUGGUCGCUGAUGAGAUCAGAGAGUUUCAAAUGUGUUAA